UCUCUUUGUGCCAGGCCCGCCCUCUUUUGCCUCCAGGGGACUGGAAAUACAUGCCUCACCUGCCGGAAGCCAGCUGCGGAUGACUAAAGCCUGUCCAUGGUCUCGCGGUCUGCAGCUGUGUCCUCGCGAUACUAGUUCCCCCAAAAUGGCUGCGACCAGUCAAGGAAACAUUGAUGAAAAAUUUGAGGCACUGGAUCUUGCAGAAUUAACUAAAAAGCAACCAUGGUGGCGUAAGCUGUUUGGGCAGGAAUCUGGGCCAUCAGCUGAAAAGUAUAGUGUAGCAACUCAGCUGUUAAUUGGAGGUGUUACUGGAUGGUGCACUGGUUUCAUAUUCCAGAAAGUUGGAAAAUUGGCUGCAACAGCUGUAGGAGGUGGAUUCUUUCUACUUCAGCUGGCAAACCAUACUGGGUACAUCAAAGUUGACUGGCAACGAGUAGAGAAAGACAUGAAAAAAGCCAAAGAGCAGUUGAAGAUUCGUAAGAAUAACCAAAUACCAACUGAGGUUAAGAGCAAAGCUGAGGAGGUUGUGUCAUUUGUAAAGAAGAAUGUUCUAGUGACUGGAGGAUUUUUUGGAGGCUUUCUGCUUGGCAUGGCAUCCUAAGAAAUACAACUUCAUUUUAUUGUUUUUUUUUUUUCUUUCCAGCAGCUUCUACACUCAAACAUAGGAUAAUCAACACUCCUCUUCCUCCUCUCCUCCCAUGCCUUCCUCCCUGUUGUAGCAAAUCUGAAUGACUUCCAUAGGCUUCUUCUGGUACAAGGUUAAUAUAGGCCUUCUCAUGAGCUUGACAUGUUGGAAAAGACAGUAGAUAUUAACUCUCCCAGUAUACUCCUCACUACUUGGUCAAUUAGUAGCUUAAUAAGAAUGUUCCCGUUCCUCUAUGUAAAAUCCUUUUCCAAACUUGAUUUGGAAAAGAAGCAUGUAAUUACUUUAGUAUGUGUUACAUGGAAAGGAACGAAAUACAUUUGCCUUUAAGCAUUAAAGAUUUUGGUAUCUUGG